AUGAGUGCGCGGGGGUCGACGGAGCCCGAUGCCUCUGCUAUCCUGGUGUCCAAGCGGGGGCUGCGCGUCCCCCUCGGCCGCUCCGUCUCGCUGGACCCGGCGGCGGACCUGGUGCUGCGGGUGCAGCCGGGGGACAGCUGUGCCGUGGCGGUGCUGAGGAGCGGGCCGAGCCCCCAGCCCGUCGGCGCCCUGGAUCCCCCGCGCUUCCCCUGCUCCUUCGCCCGCGGGCAGGUGACUUACACUCACUUCGGGGCCCGCAGCCCCGGCCGGUAUCGCUUGCGCCUCCAGCUCCGCUACGACUCGCCCCGCUGGACCCUGGUCCUGCCCUUCACGCUAGAGGUAGAGGUGCUCUUCCAGCAGCUGCGCCUGCUCAGCCGCAACCUGCCCCUGCCCGUGGAGAAGCUGCGAGGGCUCAGCGCUCCCCUGGACAGCAAGGUGCUGGGCUUCCCCGAGGGCGAGCCCGGCCGGCGCUGCCGUCUCACCCUGCUGCCCCUCGCGGUUGCCGGCGCCAGCCCUCUGCCUGCCUACGGGCGGCUGCUGGACGCCGGGGGGCGGCCCCUGCCCACCGGCUACAGCGGAGACUGCUCCGCUGUCCUGCAAACAGGGAUCCGCUACCAGCACACGGCGGCUACCACCUCCCCCGGCCGGGACUGCAUCCCGGCGCGGGUGUCUGUGCUGUCUGCCGCCGGCCUGGAGGAGCAGGAGUACUUCCAGGUGCUUGUGCGGAUCCGUGAAGGGGCUGACAACAUGCCACCCAAGCCCAGCUUCCUGGCACUGCUUAUGAUGGAGGUGGACCAGUUUGCACUCACUGCCCUCACCUUGGACAUGCUGGCUGCUGAGGACCUGGAGACCCCCCCAGACCUCCUGGUCUUCAAUCUCACCUCCUCCUGGCCCAGUGACCCACAGCAGCAAGGCUUCCUGCUCAGCACUGAUGACCCCAGCUGCCCCCUUGUUGCCUUCUCGCAGCAGGAAGUGAGGGAGCUGAAGAUUGCCUACCAGCCCCCUACCCUGGACUCAGACCAGGAGCGGCUUUUCCAGGUGGAAAUGGAGGUGCUGGACCCUGACGGUGCCUCCUCGGAGCCUUUUGCUUUUGUGAUCCUAGUAAAGCCCAUGAACACAUUGGCCCCUGUGGCUACUUUCAGUCAUGUGGCUGGCCCACAGCUGACGCUCUUUGAGGGCCAGUCACGGCCUCUCUCUGGCAACUUGGAGAUCAGUGAUGAGGACAAUCUGAAAGAGGUGAAGGUCUGGGUCACACGUGGCCUGCGAUAUGGAAAGCUCAAUGUACUGGGUGUACCGCCCAGCCGCAAAUACUUCACUGCUGCAGAGCUAACAGCAGGGCAGGUGAUUUACCAGCAUGAUGGCAGUGAGCACAGCUACAGUGACAACAUUGUUUUCCGCAUGGCAGAUGGGCAGCACCAGGUCGAAUUUCUGUAUCCCAUCGCCAUUGCUCCUGAUGAUGAUCAGCCACCGUUGCUGAAUGCAAAUACAGGUCUGGUGCUGAGUGAGCACCAGACUGUCCAAAUCUCACCUUUUGUCCUCAGUGCCACAGACAUUGACUCUGAUGAUUCCUCUAUCCGAUUUGUCCUGGUUGAGGACUCAGUGACAUCCCUACUACACUCUCAACACUUUGGUGAGCUCCUUCUGCGUCAGGCAGAGCAACCGCCAUCUUAUGAGAGCAGAGGAAGUGGAGCAGGGGUGGAGAAUGACUUUUCUUCCCCCUGGCACUUUGUGGAGGACGAAUACCUGUAUGAGAGGGUGGUGCAUGAAUGGCUGCAGCAGGACAUCCUCGAUGGGAGGCUGUUCUUCAGACACACGGGAACUCACAGCACCAGCCCAGUGAUGGGCCGCAUUGUGUUCCAGCUGCAGGAUGACAACGACCCCCCUAACCGAUCAGGGGAGCAUGUGCUCACUGUUAAAGUGCAACCAGUAGACAACCAGCCACCUGCUCUGUACCCAGGUACUAGCCUGCAGAUGACAGUGCAGGAAUACCAGAUGACUGUCUUUAAGAAGCGCUAUUUACGGUACACUGACCUAGAUACGGAUGACAGGGAGCUGAAGUACACGUUACUGACACCCCCAACUGACACGGAUGAGAACCACUCUGUGGUCACUGGAGAAAUUGUGUUGGCUGACAGACCUGAGACGUCCAUUACGCGUUUCACCCAAGCCCAGGUCAACCACCACAAGGUAGCAUAUCGACCCCCGGAUCAGGAGCUGGGGAUCACACCACGGGUGGUUCAGUUCACAUUCCUUGUAGAGGACUCAGCUGGCAAUUCUCUGCAGGGUACCUUUACUCUCUUCCUGCAGCCAGUGAACAACCAGCCACCUCAGAUCACCAAUACAGGCUUCACUGUGCUUGAGGGAAACAGCUUUCUUCUCACCAGCAGUCACCUGGAUGCCACAGAUGAGGACACAUCUGCAGACCAGAUUGUCUUCACUGUAACUCGAGCUCCAGAGCACGGCCAUCUACGUUAUCUGCAGGAGGGUCUGAUGGUGCGAGGGGAAUCUUUCCUACUAGAUGAUAUUGCUGGUGGGCGCAUCUCCUACGAGCACAGUGGUGAUGAGUUUGCCAGUGAUUCUUGUCAGUUGGAAGUGAGUGAUGGAGUCCAUCGUGUGCCUAUUACAGUCAAGAUUGCUGUGCAGCCUGUGGAUGAUGAAAACCCAAGUAUCGCUCUCCCUGGUGGUCACAGGCAAGUGGGAGCAGCCAUUGAUGUCCUGGAAAACGGUGCUACUGAAAUUACUACAUCACUUAUCCAGGGUACAGUUGAGGAUACAGAUGAUUUGGUGAUGACCUUCAUUGUGCAGGAUCCACCCAAGCUGGGUGACAUCUUCGUGGAUGGAGUGCGAUCAGAAAAGUUUACCCAGCAUGACCUCAUCAGUGGAGCAGUAGCCUACACUCACACCAGCGGAGAGAUUGGCUUGAAAAAGAGGUAUGAUUCCUUCAAUCUCGCCAUUUCUGGCCUCUCCAGUGAAUGGGUGGUGGGAGUCAGCACAGUACAAAGGGUGCGUGUGGCUGUAACUAUAUUGCCUGUGGACAGCAUUGCACCUGAAGUGAUGGUUGCGGCAGAGCCGCUCAGUGUCCUUGAGGGAGGAAAGAGUACUCUGACUCUGGAUCAGCUGGAUGUGGAGGACAUAGAUACUCCCAGAGAUGACAUCUUGUGCAUUGUCACAGUUCAGUCCACUUCAGGAUAUUUGGAGAAUGUCUCUCCAGCCCCAGGGUCUGAGAAGUCUAGAGCCAGUACCGCCAUUAGUGCUUUUUCCAUCAAAGAUAUUCGUCUGGGCCAUGUCAACUAUGUGCAGAGCAUUCACAAAGGGGUGGAACCUGUGGAGGAUAGAUUCACUUUCCAGUGCUCUGAUGGUGUUAACUUCUCACCUCACCAGUUCUUCCCCAUUGUCAUCAUCCCCACCAAUGAUGAAAAGCCGGAGAUGUUUGUGCGUGAAUUUGUGGUGCUUGAGGGGAUGAGCCUGGUGAUCGACACCCCCAUCCUCAAUGGAGCCGAUGCAGACAUGCCUCCAGAUGAACUGCGUUUUGUUAUUACUGUCCCUCCUAAGCAUGGGCAGAUUGUGCAGCAGCUGUCCACAGGCACUGUGCCUGUUCACAGCUUCACUCUGGAGGAGAUUCAGGAGGCUUCUAGCAUUGUGUAUGAGCACGAUGACUCGGAGACGAAAGAAGAUAGCUUCCAAAUUCAGAUGACUGAUGGACACCACACAGUGGAGCAAAAUGUGCUGAUUAUGGUGAUCCUGGUAGAUGAUGAGACCCCCAGGAUGGCAAUCAACAAUGGUCUGGAAGUAGAGAUUGGCAAGUCAAAGGUCAUCUCUAGCCGAGACCUUAAAGCCACAGACAUUGAUUCAGAGGAUAAGAGCCUUGUUUAUGUCAUUCGUUUAGCACCUGUGCAGGGUUUCUUACAGCAUCUGAACAGACAAGGGGAAGUGCUGUGCAACAUUACACAAGGCACAAACUUCACACAAGAUGAUUUAGACCAGGGUUUUAUCUGUUAUGUUCAUACUGGCCUGCAUGGAGUGCGUGAUCUGAUUAAAUUUGAUGUUACUGAUGGUAUUAAUGCCUUGAUAGACAGGUACUUCUAUAUUACCAUUGGUAGCAUUGAUAUGGUCUUCCCUGAGGUGAUCAACAAGGGUGUAACUCUGAAAGAAGGUGGAAAGGUCACACUCACGACUGAUCUGCUCAGCACAAGUGAUGUUAACAGUCCUGAUGAAAAUUUGUGUUUCAGUGUCACCCGGUCCCCAACCCGGGGCCAUCUAGAGAAUUCAGACAGUCCUGGAGUGCCUGUUAUUUCCUUUACUCAACUCCAACUUGCUGGCAACAAGAUUUACUACAUUCACACUGCAGAGGAUGAGGUGAAGAUGGACAGUUUUGAGUUUGAAGUGACAGAUGGGUAUAACCCAGUCUUCCGUACCUUCAGGGUCUUCAUCACAGAUGUGGACAAUAAAAAGCCAAUUCUAACUAUUGGUGACCUGGUUGUUGAGGAAGGGGAGACCAGGCUGAUCACCCCUUUUGAGCUGACUGUGGAAGAUGGGGAUACGCCUGACCAUUUACUGUUAUUCACGGUCACUCAGGUUCCAGUGCAUGGCCAGAUUUUGUACAACAACAGCUACCCAGUCACCAGCUUCACCAAACAAGACUUGAAUGAGAAUCUGAUCAGCUACAGACAUGAUGGUACAGAAACCAGCCAGGAUAGUUUCUCCUUCUCUGUGACUGAUGGGACCCACGCAAACUUUUAUGUUUUCCCUGACACUACCAAGGAGAUCCAUCAACCUCAGAUGAUGAGGAUUCAGAUCAGUUCACUGGACAACAGGGUGCCACAGUUAGUGGUGAACAAGGGUGCCCCUGCUCUGAGACAACUUCCAGCUGGGCACCUAGGCUUCCUGAUCACUAGCAAGGCACUAAAGGCAGAGGAUCGAGACAGUCCACACAAGCUGUUGAAAUACAAAAUAACAGAUGGGCCAAAGCAUGGCUUCAUCAUUAAUACUGGCCUUGGAAAUGAGAGCAUUAGAACAUUUAUGCAAGCCGAUAUUGAUGAAAUGAAGAUCAGCUACAUCCUGAAGGAAAGUGAUAAUGCUACCAGUGACAUCUUCUAUUUCUCCAUUGAAGACAAUGGGGGGAACAUGUUAAAGAGCCAACCAUUUCGACUGAACUGGGCUUGGAUUUCACUGGAGAAGGAGAACUACAUUGUAGAUGAGAACUCCAAAUUUCUAGAGGUGACCAUCAGACGCAGAGGCUAUCUGCGAGAAACCUCUUUUAUCAGUAUUGGAACCAGAGAUGGCACAGCAGUAAAGGAUAAAGACUUCAAGGGGAAACCUCAGAAACAAGUCCAGUUCAAUCCCGGACAGGCAUCUGCUACCUGGCAAGUGAAGAUAUUUGCAGACAAUGAAUAUGAGACAUCUGAAAUAUUCCAGAUUGUUCUGUCUGAUCCAGUUAUGGCUGCUCUUGAGAUUCCAGCAAUAGCAACGGUUGAAAUUGUGGAUCCUGGUGAUGUAUCUACAGUGUAUAUUCCUCAGCUGGAAUAUAGAGUAGAGGAAGACAUAGGUGAACUACUGAUUCCUGUUAGAAGAUCUGGAGAUGUCAGUCAAGAGCUGAUGGUCACUUGUUCUACACACCAAGGUUCUGCUACUGGCACAGUACCAUCCACUGUCUUGUCUUACUCUGACUACAUCUCACGUCCUGAAGAUCAUAGCAGCGUUGUUCAUUUUAAUAAGGAUGAGACUGAGAAAAUCUGUUGUAUUAUCAUUAUUGAUGACUCUCUCUAUGAAGAAGAUGAGACCUUCAAUAUUUCUCUGAGCAUGCCAGUGGGUGGCCAAAUUGGCACUGAAUUCCCGAGCACUAAAGUAAUAAUCUUGGCUGACACAGAUGAUGAACCUGCUUUGUACUUUGGCAACACUGAAUAUCGAGUGGAUGAAAGUGCGGGUUAUGUGGAGAUUCGUGUCUGGAGGACUGGAACAGAUCUGUCCAAAGCAGCUUCUGUCAUGGUGCAUUCCAGAAAAACAGAACCAGUGUCAGCAGAAGCUGGAGUUGAUUAUGUGGGCAUCAGCUGUAACCUGGAUUUUAACCCGGGAGUCAACAUGCAAGUUUUUCGAGUGAUCAUCCUUGAUGAUUUGGGCCAGCCUGUUCUGGAAGGUCUGGAGAAGUUUGAACUAACUCUCCGCAUGCCUGUGAAUGCAGUGCUUGGAGAGCCUUGCAAAACUACUGUCUUUAUCAAUGACACUAUCACUGACUUACCCAAAGUCCAGUUCAAAGAACCAAUGUACAUGGCAAAUGAAAAGGAUGAGCAGCUGGUGGCCCUCAUUUAUCGAAGCGGGGACAUUAACCAUAAAUCCACAGUGCGUUGCUAUACUCGCCAGGGUUCUGCCCAAGUUAUGAUGGACUACAAGGAGAGGCCAAAUACAGAUGAUUCUGUAGUGGUGUUUCUCCCAGGAGAAAGUGAGAAGCCCUGUGUGGUAACUCUGGAGGAUGAUGUAAUUUAUGAGGAGGAGGAGGAAUUCAGAUUGGUGCUUGGAACACCAAAAAGUAAUUCCACUCUUGGUGCUUCCACUGGGGAUCAGAAAGAGACCGUGAUCAAGAUUAAGGAUGAAGAAGACAAACCAGUGAUUAAAUUCUUUGAAAUAAAACACAGCAUUCAGGAGCCUCAGGAACCUGGAGAAAUUGCACUGGUAAGAAUCCAUGUUCUACGCCUCGGCGAUAGCUCCAAAGUAUCUAUUGUCAGAGUGCACACCAAGGAUGGUUCAGCCACUGCAGGGGAAGACUACAAUCCAAUGUCAGAAGAUAUUGAAUUCAGAGAAGGAGAAACUGAGCACUUUGUUGAGGUAGAGAUUCUGUAUGAUGGCAUAAGAGAAAUGAGAGAAGCAUUUACUGUCCACCUGAAAGCUGAUGAGAACAUGGUAGCAGAGACACAGAUGAGUAAAGCCAUUGUGUACAUAGAAGAAAUGGACAGUGUUGCAGAUGUGACAUUUCCAGCUGUGCCCCAGGUUGUCUCACUUCUGAUCUAUGAUAAUACUGCUAAAAGCAAAGAGAAUCCACACCCUCCAACUGGCUAUCCUGUUGUCUGUGUAACGGCAUGCAAUCCCAAGUAUUCAGACUAUGACAAAACCGGAUCCAUCUGCGCCACAGAAAACAUCAAUGAUACUCUGACCCUGUACCGCUGGCUUGUCAGUGCUCCAAGUGGGAGUGAUGGUGUCACCAGCCCAAUGAGGGAAGUGGACUCCAACACUUUUUUUACCAGCACCAAAUCCAUCUCCCUGGACUCUGUAUACUUCCAGGCAGGCUCCAGGCUUCAGUGUGCAGCUCGAGCUAUGAAUGCCAAUGGUGAUGCAGGUCUGGAGCUGCUAAGUCCAAUUUAUACAGUAAACAGAGAGGAAGGUCUUUGCCAGCCUCGCACCCCAGGAACAGUAGGAGCAGAACCUUUCUCAGCUAAAAUUCGCUACACGGGUCCAGAUGAUCCUGACCAUCCCAAUCUGAUCCGACUAACAGUCACAAUGCCCCAUAUGGACGGAAUGCUGCCAGUUAUCUCCACGCGCCCCUUAUCCAACUUUGAGCUAAUGCUUAGCCCAGACGGCACUCGUGUGGGACACAAGUGCUCCAACCUACUGGACUACAAUGAGAUCCAGACCAAACAUGGGUUUAUUACAGAGGAAACUAAGAACCCCAAAGUGAUUGGAGAAACAUCACCUUACCAGUACAGCAGUGCUCUGCGAUCCGCCAAAACCUUGCGUUUCUACCAGAACCUCAACCUUGAGGCUUGCCUUUGGGAGUUCCACAGUUACUAUGAUAUGUCUGAGCUACUGACAGACUGCAGUGGCUCCAUUGGCACAGAUGGGCAGGUCUUAAAUCUGGUGCAGUCGUAUGUAACUCUGCGGGUGCCUCUCUAUGUCUCCUAUGUCUUCCACUCCCCUGCUGCCAUUGGUGGCUGGCAACAUUUUGAUUUGCAGUCUGAACUGAGACUCACCUUUGUGUACGACACGGCUAUCCUGUGGAAAGAUGGGAUAGGCAGCCCUCCUGAAUCAGAGCUCCAAGGCUCACUUUAUCCCACGAGUAUGCGGAUCAAUGAUGAAGGACGACUAGUGGUGAACUUCCGAACAGAGAUUCAUUUCCGGGGCCAACUGGUGAUGUCCCACCCAGGAACAUCUCUAGUAUCAAUGGUAAUGUCUGCUGACCACCCUGGCCUCACGUUUACACUCAGUCUGUUACGAAGCGAGCCGACCUUCCACCAGCCUGUGCAGCAGUGGAGUUUUAUCUCCGACUUUGCUGUACGAGAUUACUCAGGUACUUACACUGUGAAAUUCAUCCCUUGCACUGCUGUGCCUGGUCAGCAAUAUGCCCUUCCUGUCAUCUGCAACCCACGGGACCCAAUUGCAUUUGAUAUGGACAUCAGGUUCCAACAGGUCAGUGACCCAGUGGCAGCCGAGUUCAGUCUAAAUACUCAAAUGUUUCUGCUGUCCAAAAAGGAGCUUUGGAUAUCUGAUGGAUCAAUGGGAUUUGGCGAAGGAGCUGAUGUAGCCUUUACCAAAGGAUCUGAAAUCUAUGGCCGAGUGAUGGUGGAUCCAGUUCAGAAUCUUGGUGACUCCUUCAGCUGCAACAUCGAGAAGGUGUUCCUUUGCACUGGCGCCGAUGGGUACGUGCCCAAGUACAUCCCAGACAGUCAGGAAUACGGAUGCCUGGCUGACUCACCCUCCCUCUUGUACAGAUUCAAGAUCCUGGAUAAAGCUCAACCUGAGACACAAGCGAGAGCUUUUGGAAACCUGGAGUUUCAUGCCAUGUUGGCAGCUGAUCAUGCAGAUGCUUUUCCUCUAGUAAACCAGCCUGGUUCUGAUGGUUUCAGCCUGUCAUCUGCCCCACUCUUCCAGGUGGCAGCUGGCCGAGAAUGGUACAUUCAUACUAUUUACACGGUCCGAUCGAAGGAAAAUGCACACAGGCACAAUGGCAAAAGAAGUCUUGACUACCACCAUGUGUUGUCCUCUGCUAAAGGAAAAGGUAGCACCACGGCCUUUAAACGCAGUAGAAGAGCCAACCCAGAUGCCCCGGUCUUCAUGCAAGACAUGAGAGCAGAUAAAAACAGGGGCACGAAUAUUCAGCAUAUUGUACUUGAUCGUUCUGACAAAGCUGUCAUCAUCCAGAAAGAGGUGGUCUCAGCUGGUGUGCUGCAUCACAGGCCAGUUCUGGAAAUCACAAGCAGGGACUCUGGAAACGGUAUUGUACCCGUUACUGGAGGUUUGGCAGGACUGCUGUUUCUGGUCUGCACUGUGGUGGUAACUGGGUUUUUGGUGAAGCAGAGGAAACAGCUCUCUGCAGGGAAAAACAAAGCGCCCGUCUCCCACUCCAGCAGCAGUGACACUAUGGCUGCACGACACAGCAGCAGUGACAGCUCAGAAGUCUAG